CGGCGUCCGAGGUGGAAGUUGAUCAUGGUCGUCCGCCAAAUGGAAAGCCGCCAUGAUGGCUUUCCGUAAAGUACGCUCAAUUUGCAAAGUUUCGUUGUUGUUUUUCAUUAAUUGUGACUGAGUGCGUGCAAAAAUUAACCAUGGGAACGAACUAGAGUGUGUAAAGUGCAGUUUAAGGUCCUUUGAGACCUCCUGGAGGAGCUACAAAGUGUUUAAUUAGUGCAUUUUUGUGUCGACGCUAGCGUGUUUUGUUCUGUCAACAAAAUGUCGAAGCUCUCGUUUAGGGCGAGGGCCCUAGAUGCGUCGAAACCAAUGCCUAUAUACCUCGCCGAGGAGCUUCCGGACCUACCGGACUACUCGGCGAUUAAUCGUGCAGUACCUCAAAUGCCCUCUGGAAUGGAAAAAGAAGAGGAAAGUGAACACCACCUCCAGAGGGCGAUAUCGGGCUCCGGACUCAUUAUACCAACGCCAGAGGUAUGCCAAGUGAUCGACCUCGAGUUCUACGAGAGAUGUUACCCGCCGGAUUACAAAAUGCCCAAGCAGCACAUACAUAUGCAGCCGCUGUGGGAGGAACAAGAAACGCCGGAGUACGACAUCGACACGGAGGACGAGAGGUGGCUGAAACAGCAGAGGCACCCAGAGCUCACAGAGCUGAAGUUCGAACAAAUGAUGGACAAGCUCGAAAAGUGCUCGGGACAAACCGUAGUCACGCUGAGCGAGGCGAAACUACUCCUGGAGCGGAAUGAUGAUCUGGUCAUCGCGGUGUACGACUACUGGUUGAACAAAAGGCUGAACACGCAACAUCCCCUCGUGUUAUCGGUGAAGACGGAGCACCGGCCCGGCCAGUCGUCGAACAAUCCUUACUUGGCGUUCAGAAGACGGACUGAAAAGAUGCAGACCAGGAAAAACAGGAAAAACGACGAGAGCUCGUACGAGAAGAUGCUGAAGCUGCGUCGCGACCUGGCGCGCGCGCUGAGCCUCCUCGAGCUGGUGGCGCGGCGCGAGCGGGCCAAGCGCGAGUUGGUCCGCCUCACCGCGCUCGUCGCCGACCGGAGAUACGCCGCCGGGGACUUCGCCAACCUCGUGCCGGACCCGCCCAGGUCCGCAUACACCGCCGUGCCGCUGGCGCCGAGCAACUUCCGCCGCGAGACGUACUGCGUCCCGCACUACCCGCCCCGCGCGCCCGCCGCCCCCGCCGACCAGCCCAGACAGCGCGAGAAGCGGCCCUACAAGAGACGGAAACACCGACAUCAAGCCGCCGCUGCGCAUCCGGUGCGAGAGUCCGGUGUGUACACGUCUUCUGAAGAGGAGGCCAGCACCCGCGCCGACACCGCUUCGCCUCCAGACGAUGGACCCUUCGCCUUCCGACGGAAACCUGGCUGCUACUACGAGAUGCCUACGUCUACGUUGUGCGGUGACCCUGUGGACCCGGAGAACCCCAGAGACGGCCUGUUCGAGCAUGAAGUGGACGAGCGCUAUAGGUACACGCUGACGUCGCUGCAGACGGGCGCGUGCAUCGGUUUCGCGCGGCGGCGGCAGGCGCGCGGCGGCCGCACAGCGCUGGACCGGCUGCACACGCCGCUGCACCGCCUGCUCACCGCGCUGCCCUACCGCUUCCUGCACGCCGCCAGCCACCGCGCGCGCGCCACCGAGGAGAUGGAGCUCGAAACCAAAGCUCAUCGAACGCCCAAGGUUCUGACGAGGGACUACGAGACGAGCGGGAAGUACCCCUGGCGGAGAGCGUUCAGGAAACACCUGGCCAAGAACGCGGACCUGUGGAUCUGUCCGGUGAAGCCCGGCCACGAUGACGUCACGCCUCCAGCGGACCUCAAGCUCGUGAAGGCAGACCUCGAGGGGCUCGACGAAGUGAAGCCGGCGGAUGUGCAAAGUGAUAUUAGUGAUAGCGCCAGGACUAUAGACGGAGUCGUGCGGGAGAACCUGAGGAACGAGAUGAGGAAGCGGGCGCACAGCACCAGCAGCGACAGCAGCUACGACUCCGACCAGAGCCUGUACCCCGUCGAGAGGGAGUUCGAGAGCUUCAUCAACGAGGUCAACGCUGACUGGUUACAUUUCCGACCGAAAACUCCGCCGCCCUCGUCACCAGUGAGUGAGCGGCACGAGGAGCAGUUCCCGCUGUCGCUGGACACCGCCAUCUCCGUGGAGCUCCGCGCCGCCGGGCCGCCGCCCCCCGACGCGCCCGACGCCUUCGUCACCGCAGACUUCACGCUCAGGGGACUCGCGCACGCGAGCCGGCACGAUCUUACGGGUUUAACUGAAACUCAGAUGCAGAGUAUUCUAUUAGAGACUGAUCUCAAGGUGUUACCAGACGAGGAAACCACAAGUAUCGAGCAACGAAGAUCAAGUUCUGGAAAAACGGAUUCAUUCGGUUCGUCCUCGAUAACUGUUAGUUCCACGUCCAAAGAACGCAUAUACGUGGAGAUGAAGGAGGUGCCUCGUCCCCCGUCCCCCUCGCCCUCUCCACCCCCCGCUCCCGUCCGGUCGGCGGCCCCCGCCCUGGCGCCCCUUCCUGCGCCGUCCCCCAACCCCCCUCCCUCCCCGGCGCCCCGCAGCGACAGGAAAUUAGAUCCGAAGCCCGAGCCUGCGCCCGUGCCCACACACCACAUCAUUGUCGAAGAGGUUAAUGAGGUCCCUAUAAAAAUGGAGAAGAAACCCAAAAAGGAGCCACACAACAACGCCGUCGAAGAACUCCAGUACCCGCACGGCGUCCAACUGAAGACCGUUCAAACGAAACAUUCGCCCCUGAAGAAGCACAUCAUAACCGCGCAGAGACGUCCCAGCGAGCUCGCGGCCGCCAGUGUCAAUGCCGGUGUCGUGACCAGCGCCGGCGUGUCGGUGGCCAGCGCCGCCACCUCCGCCCCCGGACAGCAGGACGCUCCGGCUCCUCAGAUACUAACGGUCGCGGUCUCCGAUAGCCUCAAGGUCCGUCUCCAGAACCACAUAGUGCCGGGGCAGGCGGGCGUGCUGGUGCAGAACGGGCCCUACUCGCAGGUGGCGGUCGCGCUGCCCGUGCAGUCCGUGCACACCGUGCAGGCCGCGCGCGACAGCGGCGUGUCGAGCGUGUCGAGCGGGCGGCGCGUGGGCGGCGGGCUGGUGCAGCUGGGCGCGCACAAGGUGGUGGGCGGGCAGCCCGCGCCGCUCGUGGUCACGCACGCGCACUCGCCCGGCAAGCUGAAGGUGCUGCACGCGCACUCCCUCACGCACGAGCAGCGCGCGCAGCUCCUCGCGCACAGCCGCGCGCAGCCGCUGCCCGCCGUCGUGUCGCUCGCCGCGCUGCACGACAAGCGCCCCGCGCCCGCCGUCGCGCAGCUCUUCGAGAUCAAGGGCGGCCAGCUCGUCAACGUGGUGCGCCCCGCGCCGCCAGACAAGAAGCGCCAGUACGUCACCGGACUCAGCGUCGACGGGCGCCAGAUCGUGCGCGCGCCCCUGCAGCUCCGCCGCGCUCAGCUGCCGCCGCAGCGCACCGUCGUCGCCAACGUGCUGCACAAGGCAGUGCUGCCCAAGCCCGGACAGAAGAUCGCCAUCUCCGCGCCCGCCCGCCCCGCGCUCGCCUUCACCGCCGCACACCUCAAGGGCCGACACGCGCGCCUGCUGCACCCCUGCCUCGUCAACGACAGCAGCGCCGCCUCCGCAGCCGCCUCCUCCGCCUCCCCGGCGGCGACGCCCCUCGCCCCCCUCGCGCCCGCCGCGCCCGCCGACGGAGACCGCCGCACGGCCGACACGCUGCCCAUGGAGGUCACGUGACAAACGACCGACACACCUCUGACGCUCCCGGGCCUCGACCGCGAGACCGAUGCUGAUGAUGCAAAUAGUAAAAGGGUCAAUACUGUCACCUCCGGCCGCCGGACCGACCCGCCGGCCCCUGGGAGCGAUCUCAUCCGCCACGACGACGACGCCGGCAGUUGUAAACUUUCUAAAAUUGAAACACAAAACAAUUUGCCCAUAAAACCUGCAGUCCGCAAGGUCGUUCCGCACACAAUCAGACAUAGUGAAGUCGCAGACGUCGAGGCUGUGCCGCAAACGUCAAGCCAUUGUGCGGCGGCCACCCACGCCGAGGCCGACGAUGACGUCAUAUUUGUCGACGAACGCUCCGUGAUAGAGACCGAAGAGGUGAUACUGGAGGACGCCGACGAGACGACAGCGGAGGCUGGUCCCGUCGCCGGCGAGGACUCGACCGGAGCCGCCCGGCCCACCGACCUGCAGGGGAACAUACUCGUCGUGCCGCAGGAUGUCGAGAGCACGUUAGACGAAAAGGCUUUAUCGAUAUUAGUCUUCUAGCGAAUGCAGUGAGCGCGAUGCGUCCGUCUCGCGCUCCGCCGAUAAAGCGUGCGUGAUAAAGUUAAUCAUUACUAUAUGCUGGGAGCGCGGACUCUCAUUUUGUUAUUGUCAUUAGAUUGAGUCGCGUGCGUAAUGAGUACUUAUUUAUUGAAAGAAGAGUGAUCUGCUUUUGUCUUCAGUGUGCUUAGUUCGAGUUUCUUAACGUUCUCGAUAGCGUUAAAGUUAACUCAAUUUUGUUUGCAGUUGAAACAGCGCCCCUAGCGGCAAACGCACGCAAACUGAACCCAUUUCCCCAUUUGACGGCUGUCUGGUGUAGUGGUAAGUGACAUGGUCACUACACAAGGGGGUCGCGGGUUCGAAUCCCGCCAAGGGAAGAUAUUUGUAUGAUAAAUAUAAAUGUCUUUUCCAGGGUUAUGGAUGUAUAUUAAAUAUAUGUAUGAGUAUAAUAAAAAUCUUACAUUUAUUUCUGUUAUCUGGUACCUGUAACACAAGUUCUUUACGAACUUAUCACGGGACCAGUUAACGUGGCGUGAUUGUUAGUAAAUAUUUAUUAUUAUUAUAUUAUUAUUAUUUCAUACAAAUAUGAACUAACUUUUACGGUAUCGAGUACGUUAAAAAACUCGCACUAACACACUGCUCUUUACUCUGAAAACUCUGAGACUUAUUUGUUAACUUUAUCAGGCAGGUAGGCUUUUUACUAUAAUUUCAAGCUUGUAAAUAAAACGAAAACAAAAAAAAAAACAAUUUGUAUAAAGAAUUGUGAUAUUAAAAAUAAUGUAAACGAGUUUUGUAAGUUUUUUUUUGGUUUUUUUUUUUCUUUGAUUCACGUUCGGCCGCCGUGCUCGCGAUGAGGCGGCGGCCGCGGCGACGCGUCGUUUCAGUGAAAUAUUUUAAAUUUAAAUACAAGGAAUUAUUUUAAGUAAAUAAUCAAAUUAUUUUAGUUAUUUAUUUAACUAAGCAGUUUUUUUUUUUUUUUAGUAUUUCAUUUGGCGCGAUUGUAAUGCCAUCUCUGCAUUUUUUAUAAAUUUGCCGCAAAAUUUAUACUAAGCAAAGCUUAAUGUUUGCGGUUUAAUUUUAUUUAGCGAAAUUAUUGUCGAUUUAGCAAAAUAACUUGUCAGACUAAAUCAUCAUAUUGUGUGAAUGUAGGAUUGUUCCGAAGAAAACUUCAAAAAAUAUCAUUCGAAAACAAUUGGCAUAUAAUUGUUGGCUGUGUUUGUGACAUUGUCGUGAAACAUGAGUGUAGGGAGUCACAUUUAAACACAUGAACUUCAUGAAAUGUCAAAAAAUAUUAGCAAACGCUUGCUAAUGAGGAAUAAUGACUUAAACAUCAAAUAUAUUGUCUAAAAGUAUUACUAACAGAUCCUAUGGUCCGUGUGGCUGAUAUCUAAAUAACAAAAUCAAUUUUAUUAAAAUAAAUAAAAGAUAAAGACAAAUUCUUCUGAAAUAUUCGUUAGAUAAUAUUUAGAGCAUUAGACUCGAUACUAUGCAAUCAAAAUUAGAUAUGUCAAUGACCUCCGGCUGCCAAAUAUUAUUGUAUUCAAUAAAUAUAUUUUGCGAACCUAGUAAAUGAAUGAUGUGUGGGUAUUUCAAAAGUACAUUACCCCGUUACAGGCAGCCGGAAGCCAUUAACAAAACCCCCACUUAAAAUAUUUAACCGUUAUGGGAUAGCCAUGAUUUUUUUAAAGCACUACUAAAUCGUAACGUUUAUAAGAUAAUUAUAACAUAUUUUCGUGUAUAUUGAACGCUAAUGUGGUUGGCUGGUGCAUAUCAAAUUUUGAUUGCAUAGUGUCGCGUGUUUGUUGCUUACGAUAGAUAAACGAUUUGUAAUCGGAAACCUUUGUAUUCAUUCAUGAUAUCGAUUUAGAGAAACAGAAAUUGUGAAGUGCACCUACCUAAUGGUGAAGAACGAAACGUAGUUUGAAAUUUAGUUUAAAGUAACUAGCAACACCAAAGGCGACUAAAACGUGUUUUAAAAACGGCAACACUGAUUUAAUGGAAAUUGGUUUAAAAUGUGUUAACUUCUCUAAACUAAGCAAAGCAUACGAGGGCGUAAAAAUUUCCUUGAAGGGGUAGCAUUUUUUUCAAUUUCAUUUCAGAUUUUUUUAAGGUUUCCAUUGCCAUUUUAUUCUUAGUAUAAUAUCCAAGCACCUCGUUGCAAGGAAAACCGGCUAAUCUCAUUUUAACUUCCAGAUCAAAUUCGAUGUGGUUCGUCAAUAAUUGAAAGCUCAUAAAUGUCUUUACCCUAAAUGUAUUGGACAGAGGUUAUACAGUUAGAUCGCUCUGAAGUUUUUUGAAACGCUUCCUUCAAAUCUGAUAAUAAUUAUCAUUAAAGAAAAUUAUAUAUAAAUAGGUGUUUUAAUACUUGCUGAUAUCGAAACCGCCAAUAGACAUUUGUCUAGCAAAUAAUAUUAUAAGUAACUUUCAGAGAUCAUGUAAAUAUUUAUAUCGGUGUUCAUGAUUUAAUAUAAACUACGCUGUGUAGGUGUUGUUACUAGUUAUAUUAAAAAUUCAAUUCACCUCUAGUAAAUGUUUCAAAUAGUUUCUUUUCAUUAUUUUUUUUUUUUUCUAAAAUUUAAUCUCACCAAAUCCAAAUAUUGUUGUAACUUUCAUUCAAUUGUAUUAGGGGAUUAUAAAUGUAUCGUAUGUAAUAUUAAUGUUUCAGUCUUAAUUGUAUCUCUGUAUGUUCAUAGUGGGAGAUUAUCGUAUUAAUUAAUCGGGUUUAAAAAAAAGAAAGUAAUGUGUUCUGAAAAUGAUAGGAAUUUGAUAUGACAAAAAUGUGAAUACUCUAAACUCUAUUGAAGGAAAUUAAAAUGACAGUUUUGACGUCUGUCAAAAGAUAGAAAAUGGCGGAUUCGGGUCGGCCAUUUUGAAAUUUGUUAAGAAUGACACACAGUGAGAAUAUCAGAAUAAUUCGCGUACGUAUUUUUAGAAAAGUUUUUUCCGUUUAAUUUCUCCUCCCAGUAAAGUUGUAGUGUCCUAUAUUAAUCUUAAUUUAUUCUUUUGGGGGCAAGGCUGUUUUAACUACACUCUGUAUUGUAACUUGAUAGUUUCGGCUGCGGGAAUUUGUCUCCUAUCAACAACAUUAUUAUUAUUAUUAACAAAAUUAGGAACAUAUGAAGUUCCGCCAUCUUUUAGCUCGAACCAGACUGUGUGGUUUAUUAUUCGAAUUUCGUAUUGUUUGGAAUUGCGUCUAUAUUAUUCGCCUUAACAAUUAAUUUCACGAAAGACGGAGUCCCCAGUCAGAUUUUUUUUCACCUGUAACAUGACUACUAAAAUCUAAUUCAUACUAAUGUUAUCUUUAUAUAUUGUAGUUGGAAUGUCCCGUGUCCGGUAAAACUAAUAGGCGUUGUAAGUAGAGACAAUGUGUACGUAGAUAGUAAUUAAUCAUUGUUUAUUGGAUGUUUAUGAAAAAAAGUGGCUGUUUUUCUGUUAAUGCAAAAUAAUCCAUAUAUAUUUAAGAUAUGCGUGCCAGACUAUAUUGAUAACUAAAGCGCAGGAACAUUAUUGAUAGCAAUAACAGAAAAUUCAGCCAUAUUUAUUAAGAUGUCAAUAAAAGUAAUUUCUUUUUUGGAAUCCAAAACUUUGUCCUUUUAGAUAUUUGUGAAAAAAAUUCAAAAAAAAAGAUGUUUAAAAAAUAAUGUGAUUUAUGUGUAUAUUAUCUAAAUGUAAACUAAAACAUUAUGGUUUAAUCUAGCUAAUGCGUUAUCGACGUGUUUACGCAGUUUUGCAUACUUAAAAAAAAUUCGUGAGCUAUUUUUCAUAUCAGCUCAGAAUGAUGAUCUGCUAAGAAAAAGAACUCGCAAGCAAAAAAAAAAAAACGUAUGAUUAUAAACAGUUUUAACUAUGUCUAUACAUGUAUGUAAUUAGUAAGUAUCAUAUACUGUACAAAAAGGCUGCAAGUAUAAAAAAUGUAAAAAAAAAAAAAUUGGCCUCAUUUAUUUUGAGGCUGUUACCAUACGCUUAGUAAAGUGAUUAGGAUGUUUACCUCAUAAGUUCUUAAUAGUGUGGACGCGACUUUCUGAAUCCAACCCGACAUAAAACAUUUGUUUUUUUUUUAUUAUUUAAUUUCACCUCUAGCUUUCUCGAGGAGCCGUGGGGAGCGCGCAGUGCCUAUCUUGUAAAUAUUUGUUUUUGUACUUUUUAAUGAUUUGGCGUAACCUCUAUUCGGUGUGAUUUCGGGAUGCGUUCAGAAAGAGCGCUCUCAUCGUAUUAUAAUUAAAAAAAAAAGUCGCUGUAAAUUGUUUGUAAAAAUAGUCACGUUCAGAAUUUCAGUGUAGUUUUGUUGAUUAUUAUUUUUCAACCGGAAUUUGCUGAAUAAAGCGAAAAUUCUGUUUCA